ACCUACCCAAUUUAUUGUAGAAAUUUUCGGAAUCAAUAAUUGGACCAUGCAAACUAUAAAUACCUUUUCUUGGAUAAAAGAACAGAUUACUCGAUCCAUUUGCAUAUCGCUCGUGUUAUAUAUAAUAACUCGAUCCUCCAUUUCGAAUGCAUAUCCCAUUUUCGCACAGCAAGGUUAUGAAAAUCCACGAGAAGCAACUGGACGUAUUGUAUGUGCCAAUUGCCAUUUAGCUAAUAAGCCCGUGGAUAUUGAAGUUCCACAAGCGGUCCUUCCAGAUACUGUAUUUGAAGCGGUUGUUCGAAUUCCUUAUGAUAUGCAAUUAAAACAAGUUCUUGCUAACGGCAAAAAGGGGGGGUUGAAUGUGGGGGCUGUUCUUAUUUUACCUGAGGGAUUUGAAUUAGCCCCACCCAAUCGUAUUUCUCCAGAGAUGAAAGAAAAGAUAGGCAAUCUUUCUUUUCAGAGCUAUCGCCCCAAUAAACAAAAUAUUCUUGUAAUAGGUCCCGUUCCUGGGAAAAAAUAUAGUGAAAUUACCUUUCCUAUUCUUUCCCCGGAUCCUGCCACUAAGAAAGAUGUUCACUUCUUAAAAUAUCCCAUAUAUGUAGGUGGUAACAGAGGAAGGGGCCAGAUUUAUCCUGACGGAAGCAAGAGUAAUAAUACAGUUUAUAAUGCCACAGCAGCAGGUAUAGUAAAGAAAAUUGUACGAAAAGAAAAGGGCGGAUACGAAAUAAGCAUAGCGGAUGCCUCGGAUGGACGUGAAGUGGUUGAUAUUAUCCCUCCAGGACCAGAGCUUCUUGUUUCAGAGGGUGAAUCUAUCAAACUUGAUCAACCAUUAACAAGUAAUCCUAAUGUGGGUGGAUUUGGUCAGGGAGACGCCGAAAUAGUACUUCAAGACCCACUGCGCGUACAAGGUCUUUUGUUCUUCUUUGCAUCUGUUAUUUUGGCACAAAUCUUUUUGGUUCUUAAAAAGAAACAGUUCGAGAAGGUUCAAUUGUCCGAAAUGAAUUUCUAGAUUCGUGGAUUUAUCAAUAUCAAACUUGUAACAAGAACAAAAUUAACAAUUAUUUGACAAUAUUGGACGAUCAAUAAAUAAAAAAAUUAUGAGAAGGUUCUUUUUGUUUGUUUAUACUUUUCUUCUACAUCUACCAGAAGUUUGGAAUUACUUGAUACUAGAUUAUUACUUUUAAUAUAUAGAAGAUUGCGAAGACGACUAUUCUACUUUUUCACCUUUUCCAAUCAAAAUUUGGAUAUUAU